GCCAGGUGCCGCCAUCAGGAGUGUCAGCCGAACGUGCACAAGUGGCGCCGCCCUGUCGGCACAUUUUUCAUCUCUUAAAUUCUCGCAGACACAUACUCGGGUACAACCCCACUUCGUCAGCUGUGACCCAUACUACUAGUCAUCGCGCCCUAUUUCAGGCCCUUCUGCCGCUUGCUCUGUUUCCUGAAGCCCUCCUGUCCGCUUAAGCUUGUGUCCGUCAUUACCCUAUGCUCCAUUCCACUAUGGUCGACUCGCCGGGUGUCCACAGCGAAGCCAGCAUAAAUAAGUCACUCGCGGACUACUCACGAUCGUUGCACGAGUAUACGCUGCGUCUCUGGACGGAGUCACGCCGGAAGGUCGAGCAACAGGCACAAGCGCGUGCCAAAGCGGAACGGUCUUCGAUGAGGAAUUCAGAGAAGAGAUCAAAGUGAUCUGCGACGUUAUGCUGCUGCUACGGAAUUUGGCAACCAUGCGUACGUUGGCUUCCUUACCUUACAACCUUACAACCAUUGCAUGUCAUUGGAACCGACCUUGUUCCAGCCGCCACCGGCUUCCACCGCCGUCUUGGUCUACACUUCGUAGGCCCUGCCUUUCUCGCACCGCGUCCGUCCACGUAUAAUUAUUUACAACGCUCAGUCGAUGUCCAAGGUCCUUUGCACGGAGGAAGGAUGGUGACAACUGUUAUAUGUUCACUGGCAAACCCCUAUGCCCUCCAAUAGCCGGCUACACUGGAUCUGCUAUUCUCUGCUUGUAGCUAUAGAUAUUUACCUGCCAUCCCCUAUGUUUCCACAUACCCUGUGCUACCGAUUCCAUUGUAGAUCUUAACACAAUAUUUAUUGUCCUUGCUUGAAGGUCCAUUUGUUAGAAUUGAAUAAACGCCUGCUGGGCAGUUCACAUCGUUACUUUUCAUUGCUUCCAUGAGGCAUCUGAAGAAAAAAAAGUACACAAAAGCAACGGACCAUCGACGCGUCAGGAUGAUUUUUUGAGGAUGAAACUGAUCGAUGCGGAUAAGCGCGGCCGGAGCUUUCGAGAAACACUCGGAAACGGGCAUGGAUACAAAAUAAUGAGGACGACCUGCUGCGUUGUUCUUUCUGCGUUAUUCAAGAAUGCAAUAAACAGUUUAUAAAUUGGAUGCACGUGUAGGAGGCAUGUCCGCCGAGAACGAGGAGUGGGUCGGAAU